GAUUCCUCAAUUGUCACCUGACAGCUCCAGUCCAGCAGCGGAAAAAAGUUGGUCCCAACCUGCAGCCCGGUGACAGGCUCCGUUGGCAGGUGCUGGAAGUCUCGCCGGUCCAGCCGGGGGCGGGGAGGGAACCGACUCGGCAGGAAGUACCUCGGGCGAGUAGGCUGGGCGUGGGGAAUGGGCCGGCAGUCCCAGCGCAGCCCGAACGCGAAACUCUUGAAAAGCAUAUUGAGCCAAAAGUGAACCAGCCCUCUCUGGCACAACUGGAACCAUGAUCAAUAAUGGAACAAACCUAGCCAUUGGCUACCUCUCCUCUUCUGUAGCGAUACUUUUGUUUGGCUCAAAUUUUGUGCCACUUAAAAAAUAUGAUACUGGUGAUGGAAUGUUUCUUCAGUGGGUUCUUUGUGCUGCCAUUUGGUUGGUUGCCUUGGUGGUCAACCUAAUAUUACAUUGCCCUAAGUUCUGGCCUUUUGCAAUGCUUGGGGGUUGCAUCUGGGCAACAGGGAACGUUGCUGUUGUCCCAAUUAUAAAAACCAUUGGUUUAGGCCUUGGAAUCCUAAUCUGGGGAUCAUUUAAUGCUUUAACUGGCUGGGUAAGCUCAAGGUUUGGCUGGUUUGGAAUGGAUGCAGAAGAAGUACCAAAACCACUGCUAAAUUACAUUGGAGCUGGGCUCUCAAUAGUAAGUGCCUUCAUAUUCUUGUUCAUCAAAAGUGAAAUACCCAGUGGCACAUGUUCCAUGGAUACCACCCCACUAAUGACAGAGCCGGCGAUCAACACAACUCAAGAUCCCUGUCCUGAUUAUUCCUGGGUGGAUAAACUCCCUACAGUAUACCACCGCAUAGUGGGCUGCAGUCUUGCAGUGAUAUCUGGAAUACUCUAUGGGUCUACAUUUGUGCCAAUCAUUUAUAUUAAGGACCACAGCAAAAGAAAUGACAGCAUAUAUGCAGGGGCGAGCCAGUAUGAUUUAGACUAUGUUUUUGCACACUUCAGUGGCAUCUUUCUUACGAGUACAGUCUACUUUCUGGCCUACUGUGUAGCCAUGAAAAAUAGUCCCAAACUAUAUCCUGAGGCAGUCUUGCCAGGGUUCCUUUCGGGAGUGCUUUGGGCCAUAGCUACCUGCUGCUGGUUCAUUGCUAAUCACUCUCUAAGUGCUGUGGUCAGUUUUCCAAUAAUCACUGCCGGUCCAGGAUUUAUAGCCGCAUUGUGGGGUGUUUUCAUUUUUAAGGAAAUACAGGGUCUGCGAAACUAUCUCUUAAUGAUACUUGCAUUUUGCAUCAUCUUGAGUGGAACUUUAUGCACGGCUUUUUCUAAAACCUAAACAUAACAAGACCAGCAGAUGGCAGCAGUGGUUAGGCGAACUUCCCUACUGGACAAGAGUGAUUAUGCGGAGAACAGAGCUUCACUUUCCUACAAAUGAAUCUCAACCACUCUUGAUUUUUUCCCCCUCACAAAUGUGAAAAUGAAGGAAAACUGGGUUUCAGUCUAGUAUAAAAAUGAAAAAUUCUUCUGAUGAACUGUUAAUGAAGGUAGGACUUUACUCAGUGAUUGAAAUGUGUAUAUUCAAGUAGCCUUACAUCUAAGAGUGCUGAUUUUUUAUUGUUCUGUUUCUUUUAACACAAGUAUGCCUAGUGUUGCAUAAUCUAGAAAACAGCAUGGAGUUCAUAUACAAAGAAGUUAUCAUUCAAAUUUCUAACUUACUAAUGAAGAGAAACAGAAAAAAAAUGCCUUGUGGGGAAGUGGGAGGGAGAAGACUCACCUUAUGGAAUUAAAUUGCAAGGAUAUUUGGAUCUUUUGCUAGCAAAGGUAAAUGUCAGGGUAACUAUUAUUAUUUUUAACCAAAACUUAUUUUUAGUUCAAAUUAAUACUGUUCACCUCUACAUCAUCUGCCCAUCUCAGCUUAAAAUACCUUGAUUAUCUCCAAAUAAAAUCCAUCUUCAGAGUUUAAGUUUUCCACCAUGAAGGACAUGUACAAAAUUUAAUGCAUACAUACACAAGUAUACACACAGGUGCACUCUUAACUGCACACCUAUUGGAUAUGUGCACAGUUCUGAAUUUGGGGGAGAUUCUAGAGCUGGUAAAGUAAGGUUCUAACUUAUGAGGGAAUUUAAAGGGACCAACACUCAUUUAAAUGUAUAAUUUUUUUCCUAAAAUAUAUUAAUCUGAAAUCAUUUAAAUGGAGGUUUUACUGUUUUAUUCCUAUUUAAACUAGUGGUUUCCAGUAGACAAAAGAAAAUGACAUGGCAAUGGUCUUAUUUACUUAGGAAAAUGGAAAUAGAACUGCUAAUACAAUGUUCAUCAACAUGAUUUUUCAAACCCUUAACACAAUAGAACUCCUGUUCGGAUGUAAAUGUCACCUCCUCCCACCUGCUCUCACACUACUUUUUUGUGCUAAAGAAACAGAAUAACUUUCUGUAUGAGUGCAUAAACUCUGAAGACAACCUGUACCAGUUUAAGUCCCAUCUCUGAUUCAUUUCAGUCAUUUGAUUUUGGACAAGUUCCCGAGUUCAUGUUACCACAUUCCUUAUUUGCAAAGUGGGUUUAAGGCUAGUCCUGUCUAUUGUACAGUUACAAUCUGUAAUGUGUUUGUGAGUUCCUGGUAUUUGGCAAGCACUAUAAAAUUGUUAGCUAUUAUUAUUAAAUGUUGUUUGAAGGGAAAAUGUCUACAGAUUAGAAAAUACCUUGUAAAAGCUACUACCCUUUUUACCCCUCAUCGAAUUACCUUUUGUUCUUCCAUGUGAAAAAAGACACUAGAGUCCCUGUAUAAUUAUUGAAUUGCUAAUACGAAUAAAUAUUUGAUUGUUAACUUCUUAAACCCAUUUUAAUUUUAACCUGAAAUGUCAUUAAAUUAUACUGAUAAUUUUUAAAUAAAUUGACAGAAUACAAAGCUAUUUUUCAUCUUUAAAUAUAUUUUAGAACUUUAUGUUGGAUGGUUUUAAUUUUUUUUAGUUAAGAUUGUGAAUUUGUAUGCUAAAUUUUAAGCAUGAAAUAAUUGCAGAAGAAAAUGGGGAAAAAAGAAAGCAACUUAUUAUCAACUACAGUACAUUCUGUUGCCAGACAAUACCUGUAUUGUUAUUAAGAAUUGUAUAGGAGGGCUGGAGUUGUGACUCAGUGGUAGAGUGCUUGUCUAGCACGCAUGAGGCACUGGGUUCAGUUCUCGGCACCACAAGUAAAUAAAUAAAAAAUAAAGGUCCAUUGACAACUAAAUAAAAUAAAAUAAUUUUAAAAAAAGAGUUGUAUAGGGAAAAAAAACCCUUUUAAAAAUGAUUGCCAAAUGACUUACCCUUUAGAAUUGAUCUAAAUGGACAAUUGCAAAAUCCCCACUGUUUGUUCACCUAAGGAAGUAAAUAACUCUCUUGAGGUUUUGAGGUUUUAUUUUGCAUUGCCUAAUAUAGCCAGAUUCUUGUGUUGCACUUUUUCUAGCGUGGUUUUCUUACUUUAUCUCAAAUGGCAGCCUUAUAUGUAUGAUACACCCCCUGCCAUGUUGUGUAUACAGACGGUACUACAAUAAGUGGAAGUAGCAGCCCAAUAAGGUUUUCAGUAGCAAUUUCUAACUCUAGAAACAAAAUCCUAAUAAGUUUUAGGAUUAAUGGUACAGCACUUCCCUGAGCUACCAACCUUCUUUUAUUCCUACGGUACUGAUACAUUUGUACCUAGAGUUACUAACUACUAAGCCUAUCUAUGUCAAUAUUGAAAAACAGGUUGAGUAAAGAAGUCAAGUUGCAGAACUUGAAUAGCAUGAUGCCAUUUAGGUAAAUUCUCAGUAAUCAAAAUAAUAUAUACUUUAUAUAAGUACAUACUAAUGCAAAAAAUAAAAUAUACAUAUAUUACUCUUAUUGUGCCUAAUUAAUAUAUUAAAAUUUGUCACUGGUAUAUAUGUGCAG